AUGUCGCAUACAUACGAUGUCGGGACCAAGGCAUGGCAGCCCGACGCGACCGAGGGCUGGGUGGCCUCUGAGGUCACCAGCAAGACCGUCGACGGGGACAAGGUGAAGCUCGUCUUCGCCCUGGAGAAUGGCGAGGAGACGACCGUGGACACAACCCUCGCGUCGCUGUCAGAAGACGCCAUCAGCUCGACCCUCCCACCCCUAAUGAAUCCGGCCAUGCUCGAGGCCAGCGACGACCUUACGAAUCUUUCCCACCUGAACGAACCGGCUGUAUUGCAAGCCAUCAAAUUGCGCUAUGCUCAGAAAGAGAUCUAUACAUAUUCUGGAAUCGUCCUUAUCGCGACCAACCCCUUCGCGAGAGUGGACUCACUCUACGUACCCGGCAUGGUUCAAGUCUACACAGGCAAACACCGAGCAUCGCAAGCGCCGCAUCUCUUCGCUAUCGGCGAGGAGUCGUUCGCCGACAUGCUGCGGAACGAGAAGAACCAGACCAUUGUCGUAUCGGGAGAGUCUGGAGCUGGAAAGACGGUCAGCGCGAAAUACAUAAUGCGAUACUUUGCCACGAGAGAACCUCCUGAAUCCAUUGGAUCGCGUACUCGCGGUCGCGGAGACACGAUGAGCGAGACGGAAGAGCAAAUUCUGGCCACGAACCCCAUCAUGGAAGCUUUCGGUAACGCGAAGACGACACGAAACGACAAUUCUUCCCGUUUCGGCAAAUACAUCGAGAUCAUGUUCAACAAGGAGACCGACAUCAUCGGCGCCCGGAUACGAACGUACCUCCUCGAACGGUCAAGAUUGGUUUUCCAACCGCUUAAGGAGCGGAAUUACCACAUCUUUUACCAGCUCGUGGCCGGUGCGACUGAUGCCGAAAGGGAAGAGCUAGGGCUGAUUGCGGUCGAACGCUUCGACUACCUCAACCAGGGCGGCGCACCUGUAAUUGACGGCGUCGACGAUGCGAAAGACUUCACGGAUACCCGCAAGUCUCUCACAAGACUGGGAGUGCCUGAGAAGGUCCAGACCAGUCUUUGGAAGAUUUUGGCAGCACUUCUGCACAUUGGCAAUAUUAAGAUCACUGCCACUCGUACAGAUUCAGUCCUUGCGGCUGACGAGCCAUCUCUUACCAAAGCUUGUGAGCUCCUAGGAAUUGAUGGUACGGAGUUCGCCAAGUGGACCGUCAAGAAGCAGUUGGUCACUCGUGGAGAGAAGAUCAUAUCGAACUUGACACAGCAGCAAGCGACGGUGGUCCGAGACUCUGUUGCCAAAUACAUCUACUCCUCGCUCUUCGACUGGCUGGUCGAAACUAUGAAUGGCUUCCUCGCACCGCAGGAGAUCAUCGACCAAAUGAAGUCUUUCAUUGGUGUCUUGGAUAUCUACGGCUUUGAGCAUUUCGCCAAGAACAGCUUCGAGCAGUUCUGUAUCAACUACGCCAACGAGAAGCUGCAGCAAGAGUUCAACCAGCAUGUGUUCAAACUCGAGCAGGAAGAGUAUCUUCGGGAAGAGAUCGACUGGAAGUUCAUCGAUUUCAGCGACAACCAGCCGUGUAUCGACCUGAUCGAGGGCAAACUUGGUGUUCUGGCUCUCUUGGACGAAGAAAGUAGACUGCCCAUGGGAUCCGAUGAGAGCUUCGUCAACAAGCUCCACCACAACUUCUCCAACGACAAGCAUGCAUUCUACAAGAAGCCAAGAUUUGGCAAGAGUGCAUUCACGGUCUGCCAUUAUGCGGUUGAUGUGACCUACGAGAGCGACGGAUUCAUCGAGAAGAACAGGGACACUGUUCCGGACGAGCAUUUGGAGGUUCUUAACAACACUACCAAUGAAUUCUUGAAGGAGGUGCUCGAGUUCAGUGGGACAGUACGAGAGAGGGACAAUGCCGCCGUCAUGCCCAAGGCUAAUGGCGUCGGCGGGAAGAGGAUGGGCACUGCAGCAGCGAAGAAGCCGACGCUUGGUGGUAUCUUCAAGAGCUCACUGAUCCAGCUCAUGGACACCAUCAACUCGACCGAAGUACACUACAUCCGAUGUAUCAAGCCCAACGAUGCCAAAGCGGCAUGGAAGUUUGAGGGUCCAAUGGUGUUGAGUCAAUUGAGAGCUUGCGGUGUUCUGGAAACUGUCCGCAUAAGUUGUGCUGGCUACCCAACCCGAUGGACCUACGAGGAAUUUGCUCUACGAUACUACAUGCUGAUCCCUUCCAAACAAUGGACAACGGAGAUCCGGGACAUGGCGAAUGCCAUACUCAGACAAGCGCUAGGCGAGGGCAAGAAAGACAAGACUGACAAGUACCAGCUGGGUCUGACGAAGAUCUUCUUCCGCGCGGGUAUGCUCGCCUUUCUGGAGAACCUUCGAACAACACGACUCAGCAACGCCGCCAUCAUGAUUCAAAAGAACCUCAAAGCGAAAUACUACAGACGUCGCUAUCUCGAGGCGCUCGACAGCAUUCGUUCUUUUCAGGCCCACGCACGAGCAAAUCUGGCACGAGUCAAGGCUGAUGAGGCCCGACGGCAGCGUGGGGCGACGACUAUCCAGCGCGUCUGGAGAGGUCAGAAGGAACGUAAGAAGUACCUACAAUUCCGCGACGAUCUCAUCGUCUUUGAAGCGUCGGCCAAGGGCUUCCUAGCAAGAAAGAUGAUCAUGGACAAGAAGUACUCUGAUGCUGCGAAGGUCAUUCAGCGCAGUUGGAGAACGCAUCAACAACUCAAGAGCUGGAGGAACUACCGCAAGAAGGCUGUCCUCAUCCAAAGCGUGUGGAGAGGUAAGACGGCACGGAAGACGUACAAGACUCUCAAGGAGGAGGCACGAGAUCUUAAGCAGAUCUCCUACAAAUUGGAGAACAAGGUCAUCGAGCUCACACAAAGCCUUGGGACGAUGCGAAAUGAAAACAAGGUGCUCAAGGGACAAGUGUCGAAUUACGAAAACCAGCUCAAGAGCUCUCGCGAGAGGCACAACGCCCUGGAGGCCAGAGCCAAUGAUCUACAACGAGAAGCCAACCAAGCUGGUAUCACAGCAGCAAAACUGAGCCAAAUGGAAGCGGAAAUGCAACGAUUACAGUCGAGCUACGAAGAAAGCACUGCCAACAUGCGAAGGCUACAAGAAGAGGAGAAGAACCUUCGCGAGAGCCUCCGCGUGACGAGCCAAGAACUGGAAACGACGAGAGUGAGCAAGACUGCCAGCGAGACAGAGAAAUUGAGCUUGCGACAACAGCUGGCCGAUCUGCAGGAUCAAUUGGAGCUUGCCAAGCGAGCAGCACCUGUCGGCAACGGCGAGCUCACGAAUGGAAACGCACAUGCCGGUGCAUCAGGGCUCAUCAAUCUGGUCGCAUCGAAGAAGCCGAAGCGGAGAAGUGCUGGUCCGGAAGCAAUCCAAACAGACAGAUUCAGCGGUGCCUACAACCCACGGCCAGUCUCCAUGGCGUUUGGUGCGACGGGCAACGGACAUGCUCAGAACUUGUCAGGCUCCACGUUUAACACUGGUCUGGAGAACGUAGAGAUGGAGCUGGAGAACUUGCUUGCCGAUGAGGAUGGCCUCAAUGAUGAAGUGACCAUGGGUCUCAUCCGAAAUCUGAAGAUUCCUGCACCUGGGGGCAACCCGCCACCAACUGACAAGGAAGUCUUGUUCCCUGCAUACCUCAUCAACCUCGUCACCAGCGAGAUGUGGAAUAAUGGCUUCGUCAAGGAGUCUGAGCGAUUCUUGGCAAAUGUCAUGCAGUCCAUCCAGCAGGAGGUCAUGCAGCAUGAUGGUGAUGAUGCUGUCAACCCCGGCGCAUUCUGGUUGUCCAACGUCCACGAGAUGUUGUCGUUCGUCUUCUUGGCUGAGGAUUGGUACGAGGCACAAAAGACCGACAACUUUGAAUACGAUCGCUUGCUCGAGAUUGUCAAGCACGACUUGGAGAGCUUGGAGUUCAACAUCUACCACACCUGGAUGAAGGUACUGAAGAAGAAGCUCCACAAGAUGAUUGUACCGGCCAUCAUUGAGUCACAAUCGCUUCCUGGCUUCGUCACGAACGAGAGCAAUCGCUUCCUCGGCAAGCUGCUGCAAUCAUCGAAUGCACCGGCAUUCAGCAUGGACAACCUGCUCAGCCUCCUGAACAACGUCUUCAAGGCGAUGAAGGCGUUCUACUUGGAAGAUAGCAUCAUCACCCAGACCGUCACCGAGCUCCUGCGAUUGGUGGGAGUCACCGCAUUCAAUGACCUUCUCAUGAGGAGAAACUUCCUGUCCUGGAAACGUGGUCUCCAGAUCAACUACAACAUCACUCGUAUCGAGGAAUGGUGUAAGAGCCACGACAUGCCCGAGGGAACCCUUCAAUUGGAGCACUUGAUGCAAGCCACGAAACUGCUCCAGUUGAAGAAGGCCACCUUGAACGACAUUGAGAUCAUCCAGGACAUUUGCUGGAUGCUCUCACCCAAUCAAAUCCAAAAACUACUCAACCAAUACCUCGUCGCCGACUACGAACAACCCAUCAACGGCGAAAUCAUGAAAGCCGUCGCUUCUCGCGUCACAGAUCCCAAGUCGGACGUCCUCCUCUUGCAAGCCGUCGACAUGGAAGACUCGGGUCCGUACGAAAUCGCCGAACCCCGUGUCAUCACCGCGCUGGAGACAUACACGCCUAGCUGGCUGCAGACUCCGAGGUUGAAGCGGUUGGCGGAGAUUGUGUCGGCGCAAGCGGUCAUGCAGCAGCAAUUGGACGCGAAUGGAGGUGGCAUGGGCAGAUUGACGGAGGAGGAUGGCAUGGAUGAGCAGUGGAAUAGAAAUGGCAAUGGGAUGAAUGGACAUGGCAUUGGGUUGGGGUUGAGGCAUGAAGAUGGAGAAAGUGAGGAUGGGGACAUGUCGCCGAGGAGAUAAUUAGAGAGUGGAGGGUGUAGAUGGACUGGGCGGCGGACGUGCAAAUUAGAAGAAAUCUCGACGGCUCGGCUGCUGACGAUGUUUUGAGUGUUGUUCUUUGCAUGGCGUUGAGGCGUAGAAGGAUCUUGUAGAGAAAGAAAAGGGCGACUGGAUAGUGUAUCAGAUUUUUCCACGG